AUGUCCUACUACAACUACCAGUACAAGCAGCAGUGCUUCAUCCCCGGCGGGGUGCAGAGCUCCACGCUCACCUUCCCCCAGCAGUGCCCCAGCUCCGAGCUGGUGCUGCCCUGCUCACCCUGCUCACCCUGCUCACCCUGCACCCCCGUGGCGCCCAAGCUCUGCACCGUGAGGAAAACCCUGCCCAGCCCCUGCCGGCCCAGCUGCGUGGAGAUGCGUGUGGUGGAAGGGCACUCCUCCUCCUCCUCGUGCAGCAGCUCUCGGUGCCUGGAUUCCUGCUCCGCGCCCAUCCCGCAGCUCCUGGGCGUGCCCCGCUGCGGGCAGGGCGUGCUCAGGUGCCCCCAGGUGUGUGCCCCGAGCCCCGUGUGCCAGGAGCGCUCCGGGCCCUACUCCUACCAGUGGUCCAACAGUUACCAGUACAACUGUGGGCAGUAA